GCGCCUGCGACUGCUUCCCUUCCCAGCUCCCUCUCAUGGCCGGCGACCGCGAGAAGCCCCCCGCGCAGCGCCCGUCGUCGACGUCGUCCGCGCCGGAGCGGGUGGCCAGGGCGGUGGAGGCCGUGGCGGCGGCGGGGGAGUUCCGCAACGCGUACCGGCGCCAGCUGCUGGCGCUGUCCCGCCGGAUUCGCCUCCUCGGCCCCUUCGCCGAGGAGCUCCGCGAGCGAAGGCGCCGGGUGGACGAGCGGGAGGAGCGCGCGCUCGCGCCGCUCGCCGCCGCGCUGGAGAGGGCGCUCGACCUGCUCCGGCUCGGCCGCGACGGGAGCAGGAUCUCCUUGGUUUUUGAAAGGGAUAGAAUAAUGAAGAAAUUUCAGGAAGUAAUUGCUCAGUUGGAGCAAGCUUUGUGCGACUUCCCGUACAAUGAACUGGAUAUAUCAGAUGAAGUUAGAGAGCAGGUUGAGUUAGUGCAUACACAGCUCAAAAGAGCAAAAGAACGGGUUGAUACGCCUGAUGAUGAGUUCUACAAUGACCUGAUAUCUCUGUAUAAUAAGACCUAUGACCCAAGUGCGGAACUGGCUAUUCUUGAAAGUUUGUCAGAAAAGCUUCACCUGAUGACUAUCACUGAUCUCACACAAGAAUCACUCGCUCUGCAUGAGAUGGUGACAUCCGGUGGUGGCCAGGAUCCAGGAGAGCACAUUGAGAAGAUGUCAAUGCUACUGAAGAAAAUCAAGGACUUUGUUCAAACUCACAACCCUGAGAUGGGCCCUCCAAUGACUUCCAAAGUAAUGGAGUCCAAUGGGGAGCAGAAAUCUAUAAUCGUUCCUGAUGAAUUCCGAUGUCCAAUUUCCCUUGAGCUGAUGAAAGAUCCUGUUAUUGUUGCUACUGGACAGACCUACGAACGCUUGUGCAUCGAGAAAUGGCUAGCAUCUGGGCAUCAUACUUGCCCAACUACACAACAAAGGAUGGCAAACACGACAUUGACACCAAACUAUGUCCUUAGAAGUCUCAUCUCACAGUGGUGUGAAACCAAUGGGAUUGAACCGCCCAAGCGCUCAUCUCAGCCUAACAAGCCGACGCCAGCAUGCUCUUCAAGCGAACGUGCUAACAUUGACGGUCUUCUAUCCAAGUUAUGCUCUCCAGACCCUGAGGAGCAGAGGUCAGCUGCUGCAGAGCUUCGGCUCCUAGCAAAGCGGAAUGCACACAACCGACUUUGUAUCGCUGAGGCUGGUGCAAUUCCCUUGCUAUUGAGUCUGCUGUCGUCAUCUGACUUACGGACUCAGGAACAUGCUGUUACUGCACUGCUGAACCUCUCCAUACACGAGGACAACAAGGCAAGCAUCAUGUCCUCUGGUGCUGUGCCGAGUGUUGUCCAUGUGCUGAAGAAUGGCAGCAUGGAGGCCCGGGAAAACGCUGCCGCCACACUUUUCAGCCUCUCUGUGGUCGAUGAAUACAAAGUACAAAUUGGGGGAACAGGAGCUAUCCCUGCCCUUGUAGUGUUGUUAAGCGAGGGCAGCCAGCGGGGUAAGAAGGACGCAGCGGCAGCUCUGUUUAACUUGUGCAUAUACCAAGGGAACAAAGGCCGUGCGAUACGGGCUGGCCUUGUGCCACUCAUCAUGGGCCUGGUGACUAACCCCACAGGAGCUCUCAUGGACGAGGCUAUGGCGAUACUCUCAAUACUAUCCAGCCAUCAGGAGGGGAAGGCAGCUAUCGGUGCAGCGGAGCCUAUUCCUGCUCUUGUGGAGUUGAUUGGAAACGGGUCACCAAGAAACAGGGAGAAUGCUGCAGCGGUGAUGCUGCAUCUGUGCAUUGGCGAGCAACAGCUUGUACAUUUAACUCGUGCACACGAGUGUGGGAUCAUGGUCCCAUUGCGGGAGCUGGCACUGAACGGCACAGAAAGGGGGAAGAGGAAGGCGGUACAGCUGCUGGAGCGGAUGAGCAGAUUCCUGGUUCAGCAACAAGAGGAGCAGGAAUCCCAUUCUCGGCUGCAGGCCGCCUCGGUGCAGGUCCUACCCCAGCCCCCUGAACAGGUCCCAGAAAACGAAAUCCCCGAUCAAAUUGACAGUCCAGCGUCUCAAUACCCUACGUUGUUAUGAAUAUGAUGAGGAUACUGCCGUACCGGCAAUUCAGAACCACGAUACUAGCCAAAGUGGGAGUCUUUUUGCGUUUGGCGAUUGAUUCGCGCGAACUGGGAGAUAUGUAUGACAUUCCUCCGUGAUUGUAGCUGGAACUCCAAUCAGGUUGUUGUGGGCAGGUGAAGUAGCCCAGUCUUGGUAAUGUACAGUUCUUGAAUAUGCACUGUCAGAAAUCAACUAGUGUCAGAAUGCAAGGUUUCCUCCA